AUGUCAAUCCCAACUCUCCGGCGAAGUACUCUCCGUCUAGCAUCCUUGCACAACCACAUUACCCGUCCUCAUCUGCUCAUCAACAACCGUCCAGUCCAAUUCACCUCCUCCUUCACCACCUCCAUCCACACCAUGUCUCUCCCCACAACCAUGAAGGCCGUCGUGAUCGAACGAACUGGCGGCCCCGAAGUCCUCCAGUUCAAAACCGACCAGCCGGUCCCUACACCCCAGGAAGGCGAAGUCCUCGUGAACAACAAAAUCUCCGGCGUCAACUAUAUCGACACCUACUUCCGCACGGGUCUCUAUCCCUCACCUAAGCCGGAGAUUCUAGGCCGCGAAGGCGCUGGUAUCGUCGCAGCCGUGGGACCGAAUGUCUCUGGCUUUGAAGUCGGGGAUCGCGUCGCAUGGCUCGAGACCAGCGGUUACGCAGAGUACACUGCCGUGCGAGCUGCGAGGACCGUGAAGAUCCCUGACGGUCUCAGUGAUGAGGACGUUAUGGCUUCGUUCCUGAGCGGACUGACCGUUCUGUCUUUUGCGAAGGAGACGUACCCGGUGCAGAAGGGCGAUUGGGUGCUUCUGCAUGCUGCGGCUGGUGGUGCGGGCUUUUUGAUGACGCAGAUUCUCAAGUCGAUUGGUGCCAAGGUUAUUGGUACCGCUGGGGGUGCGGAGAAGUGUGCGCUUGUGAAGAGUCUGGGUGCGGAUGUGGUGAUUGAUUAUCGGAGUGAGGAGGGUAAGGAUUGGGUUAAGCUGGUGAAGGAGGCUACGGGUGGUCGGGGUGUGGAUGUUGUUUAUGACUCUGUGGGUAAGGAUACGUGGGAAGGUAGUUUGGAGGCUGUGAAGCGCAAGGGUACUAUUGUCUGGUUUGGUAAUGCCAGUGGUCCGGUGCCUCCGCUUCCUCUGAGCAAACUCAGUCCCAAGUGUGUCAAGGUUGCUCGCCCGACCCUCUUCGGCUAUAUUGACACCCGUGAGGAGUUCGAGUACUACACCAACGAGCUGUUCAGUCUGCUCAAGUCUGGCCAGUUGAAGACCAAGAUCCACAAGAUCUAUCCUAUGGAGGACAUUGCUCAGGUCCACAAGGACCUUGAGGGUCGCAAGACCAUGGGUAAGCCUCUUCUAAAGCCUUAG